GAGAGAUUCCAGCUGAUCUGGGAGGAACAUUAUGUUAUAAUAAGGAGCCAAGCAAGAUUGGGGCUGAAGGAGCAGAUUUUUGUGCCGACGGAAAUCUCACAAACCCUGAAAAUUCUUCAGCGGAACAGCCCUCACCAGCCAAUGGGAUUAAAGAGGAACCAUCUUCAUGGGAAGAAGGAAAAUUGUCUGAUUUUAGAAUUAUUACUGUGUCUGAAUCAAUACAGGAAACCAUUACAUCUGCCCCAAUCAUAGGAUGCAGUCUAAAUCCUAGAAUGUUAGACAGUGAUGUAUCAAAUCCAAUUAAAGAGGAAGCAGCUUUAUGUAACGACCAAUCAGAUUGCAGCAUUAAUCCACUUAAAGAUGAGAUCCAAGGAAAAGAUACACCUACUCCCAACACGGAGAUGUAUAACUGUUCUGAGUGCCAAAAACACUUUAGAACUAAGGCCGGUCUUCUCAAGCAUGAGAAAACUCACACAGGGAUAAAACCAUUUGUCUGUUCUGUGUGUGAGAAACGUUUUGCUUGGUAUUCAGAUCUUAUUGUACAUCAGAGGAGUCACACAGGUGAGAAACCGUUCUCUUGUUCUGAAUGUGGGAGAUGUUUUUCAUAUCCUUCAGACUUAAAUAGACACUACAGAAUUCACACAGGAGAGAAACCAUGCACUUGUUCUCAAUGUGGGAAACAUUUUACGUCUCACUCUGACCUUGUAGUACAUCGAAGAAGUCACAGAGUAGAGAGACUAUUCUCUUGUUUUGAAUGUGGGAAACAGUUCAAACAUCACUCACAACUUACUGUACAUAAGAGAAUCCAUACCGGAGAGGCACUUUAUUCUUGUUCCGAAUGUGGGAAAGAUUUUAAAGAACGGUCGACCCUCAGUGUACAUUUGAGAACUCACACAGGGGAAAAACCAUUUCCCUGUUCCCACUGUGAGAAAAGUUUUGCUCGUCGUUCCGAUCUUGAUAGACAUCUAAGCGUUCACAGAACAGAAAGACCAUUUCCUUGCUCUCAGUGUGGGAAACAUUUUGCAUGUAUCUCAGACCUUAAUGUGCAUCACAGGAGUCACAUAGACGAGAGACCGUUUCGUUGUUCCGAGUGCGGGAAAUGUUUUAAAAAGAACUCGCACCUUACAGUACAUGAGAGAAUUCACACAGGGGAGAAACCAUUUUCUUGUUCCGAAUGUGGGAAGAGUUUUACUGAGCGCUCAAGUCUAAAUGUGCAUCAAACAAUUCACACAGGGGAGAAACCAUUUUCCUGUUCUGAAUGUGGGAAAUGUUUCAGCAAUCGAGCAGGCCUUAGAAUCCAUAAAAAAUUUCACACGGGAGAGAAACCAUUUUCCUGUACUGAAUGUGAGAAAAGUUUCACCUAUCGUUCACACCUCACCGUACAUCUCAGAGUUCACACAGGGGAGAAACCCUACACUUGCACUGAAUGUGGGAAAGGUUUCACCCGCCGUUCGCACCUUAACGUACAUCUCCGAUUUCACACAGGGGAGAAACCAUUCACUUGCCCUGAAUGUGGGAAAUGUUUUGCUCAUCGUUUCCAGCUCACAGCACAUUCCCAUUCACACACGUGAGAUGAAACCGUUUCUGGUAAUAACUGUACCUAUACAGUGAUGAGUGGGUAACAUAGAACUAUGAUGCUACUGAGCUAUGAUUCCUUUUGGUUAAUGUAUGCUUAAUGUUCUGUACUUUUGCAAUGCUUAUUUUUCAUUGUGAAUUUUGCCCGUUAGUAGGGUAUGUGGUGAUUCUGAGUAUGAGGAUAGUUCAAGGGGAACUUAACACUUGUUUGAGUACUUUACAAUUUACAUAUAUUUUUCUUUAUAUUUUCAUAUUUGAGUUUUUCCACUAGACAGUGCACAGGGGUAUGCCCAUGGGUUAGGUGUCUGCAAGUCUGCUAAUUUUCCCCCAAGGCAUAGUCAUAGGGCCACAUUCAUCAAAGUACGAAUCUGAAUCAUGAAAUCCAAUAUUUUCUGAUGAUUGCGAAAGUCACGAAAAUUCAGUUCGUUUGAAUACGAAGAUCUCGUACUUACUAUCCGAAAUUUCCGGAUUGAAACGAUCGUUUGCAAUUGGCAAUCCGAUACUCACAAAAUGUUACGAUCGUAAACUGCGGGAAAACCUUUCUGA